AUGGACAUUAUGAUAUGUUUACAUGGACAAAGAAGUGGUCCCUUGGAAGGUCACAUGGUCGUGGUGGUCGAGGCCAUGGAUUUGGAAGGGGCUGUUGACGGGGAAGGGGCCGUAGUGAGAAGAUAUCUGCGGAAGAUCUUGAUACUGAAUUGGAGAAGUAUUACUAAGAAGCAACGCAUACAUAUUGAAUUCUUCCCUCAGGUUUAUUGGUUGGCUUCUUUUCACCUGCUGUAG